UGAUUCGAGUGCCCAACUUUCUCUCCUGGUAUCUCUGCCUCCUCGACCUUCAUUAACUCGAAACUCUACCGGAUUUCCGUAACCGUUCAAUGCAGAUGUUUCAGAUGUUUGGAGAUUGCCCAGCAGUGAUAAUACUUGGCCGAUCGAAAGAAACUGAGGGAAGUAGAAUAAUUGUAGCACAAUUGUAGCACAAUUAUUUGAGUUUUAGUUCUUAAUAUAUCUCACCAUGUUUUGCUAAAAAAAAGGGAGGAUUCGGCUGGGGAUGAUGACUUGAGGAGAUCAAGUAUUCAUUGAGAGUUAUUGAAUUUUGCAAACUUUCCCCACAACCGAGAGUGCGAAAAAGGCGCAUCUGACGGGAAGGAGCUCCAGUGAUCGUACCGGAGCUGAGCUGAGGGUUGUCGCUGUCGGCUGGAGUCAGCAGAUGAUAACAUAUUAUUGGCAUGGGUUGGUGCCUCGGCAAGCAUUAGCAUAUGAGGAUUGAUCAUCUGCUUCUCUAAUGCUAAAUCACGAUGGCAGCUUUUAGAUCUCACCUGCGAGUCCUCUGCUUGCUUUAUGCCGCUUUCUUCUCCGCUGUCAGAUUUACAACAUGUCAAAUCAGCAUCAACAAUAUCACACAUCAUUUGAGGCCAAUCUACCACUUCAGCAUAUGAUCGUGAACAAGGAGACCGGUGAUCUUUAUCUGGGAGGAAUCAAUUUCAUCUACCACCUGACCUCUAACCUGUCGUUAGUAGAUGAGCAGAGCUCACUCACGGCAGACAUCACCAACUUCUGUUCCUCCGGAGACUCUGGAUGCAUCCUCCCUCCAGAAUGGGGGGAAAAUGAGAAUAAAGUGCUCUUGAUCGACGAGGACAAUGACUUCUUGAUCGCCUGUGGCAGCGCGUUCAACGGAACCUGUGUGCUCCACCAUCUUAACUCCAUCACGACUGUCCAAUCUCGUGUGCAUGAUCUUGUCCAUCACGAAGAAGCCUCCCUGGGAAUUGGUGACUCUGUGGUCGCUUUCUACGGACCGUCCACUGUCAACACAGAUGGGCAACAAGCCAUGGGUACUGCUCUGUUCGUUGGGGCAAGCUUCAACCCUCUCUUCAACGACACACUAAUCCGCCAACAUGCUGUUUCUACCAAGCUUCUCCUUCAAAGAAACAGUCGCUGGACUUUCGACUUGGCCUAUCAAGAGUUGAGAUUUGGGCGUUACACAUACAUUGAUGUAAGAGAGGAGCAUGCUCAUAACUACCCGAUUAAGUACAUUAAUGGAUUCACGUUUGAGGGCUUCAGCUACUUAACCACCGUUCAGAAAGAAGACGUUGACUCAGAGAAUUAUCAUUCUCGGCUUGUUAGAAUCUGCAACAAAGACAGUGCUUACUAUUCCUACACCGAGGUACCACUGAAGUGCAGGAGCUACGCCAGUGGUCGCACCUACAACCUGCUGCAGGCAGCGCAUGUUAGCUCUGCUGGUGUAGAGCUAGCCAGGGACCUUAACAUGAAGGUUGGGGACAUGGCCUUGUUUGGUCUGUUUGCAGAGAGCUCCCCAGAUGCACCCGAUCAACCAACCAGCAAUAUGGCCAUGUGCAUUUUCACUUUGAAGAAGAUAACCAAGAAAGUCAGAGACGGAGUACAAAAUUGCUUUUUUGGAUACGGCUCCCAGGGUCUAAGCCAGUUUUCAGACAAUCUGUUAUGCAGCUAUUCAACAUAUCGUAAUGUUGACGACUCUUUCUGCGGGACUGGCGAUCUGCAUCCCAUUCAAGCGCAAACCACAGUAAACGCAUAUGAUUACCUUACUGGAGGCGGACAUGGCCGUCACUAUACCUCGUUAUCAACUCUUACCAUGGGCAGAGAUACAGUAGCGGUCAUGGGCACCAAGUCCGGGCGCAUACAUAAGUUUGUGAUUGACCCUCUCUCCGUUGACUUUGUGCGACGAGACUACCCUCUGAAGCCUUAUAAGGACCUCAAGCUAGAUACAGAAGGGCCUGUAUUAAGAGAUAUGCCUCUGGAUUCGGAGCAGGAACAUAUCUAUGUUAUGACUCCAUACAAAGUGUAUAAGAUAGCCUUGAAGACUUGUGAGCACUACAUCCACUGCUCCGCCUGCGUGACCUCUCGUGACCCCAACGGCUGCGGGUGGUGCGGAGGGGUGUGCACCACGGAGGAGGAAUGUGAUGGUGCCGACGGUCCAUCUGGUGAGAUACCGGAAACGGAAGUCGAUUCGGAAGAUGAUCCUGACUGGGUGACCGAUGCUUGUUCACCAGCUAUCUAUGAGGUCUCGCCAGUGUUUGGUCCACUUCAGGGCGAUACUACAGUGAACAUCAUUGGUGAUAGUCUUGUGGCUGAUGCAGCAGUGAAUGCUAACUCAACCCUUGAAGUGAUUAUAGCAGGUCAACCCUGUCAUGUUGACUUGAGUUCAAGCAAUAUUACCCAUAUUGUUUGCGUAACCCCAUCUGUUGAAGAGCCUGUGUCGGGUCCAGUGACAAUCGAAGUAGAAGUGGAUGAUCCCAGCCUCACUUUUGCUAUAGGAGGAUUCACGUCUUCAGAGCCAAGAUAUAUCUUCUCAUAUGUGGAACCUGCUUUCACCCACUUCAGCCCUCUUGUUGGACCAAUGUUUGGCAGAACUAUGAUCACUCUCUUUGGUGAGGGCCUUCAUGCCGGAAACAAUCCAGAAGUAACAGUUGCUGGUGUGCCUUGUCACAUACACAGUGUCACUCCUACAAAGAUUCAUUGUGUAACGAGAAACUCCAGUGAACUGACAUCAGGGCCAGUUAUUCUGAACCUAGACAGCCUUCAACUCAACAGCACAUUGGAGUUCACUUACGCUGAGAAUCCAUACAUCACACACUUCUCCCCUACAAAGAGCUACCUAAGUGGAGGCAACAAUCUUCAGAUCUCAGGCUUCAAUCUUCAUCUUGGUCAGAAUGUUCAGUUAGAGGUUUCUGCCUUGACUGACUCUGGCCAUAGGGUGAUAAAGUCACAGGGAUGCACUGUGCCAUGGCACUCAUCCGACGAUACCAUUCCAAGUGGUACGUUAGAGAACAGUCUAACCUGUACUACCCCAGACUUGAGUGACGAAGAAUUAAACCCCACCCCGGACCAGCCAUUCAUCGCCAAUCUCACCAUCAAGUUCAACAAGAACAUCCUGGUGCCCAUGUCCUAUGAUGGACAGAUAGAACUGCCAAUGUGGAAGAUACUGUACUACCCCGACCCUAUCCUGGAGCAGUUUGAGGAUCAUAUAUACCUGCUAGACCUAACAUCCAAUACUGUUCUCAUCCGUGGUGAAUAUUUGGACCUUGUGAGCCGAAAAGAGGAUAUAUCUGUCACAGUUGGUUCCCAGCCAUGUGCUAUCCAAGAGUUUGCAUCAACCUACAUCGUAUGUCAGGUCCCCUCUUCUCUUCAGCAAUCAGGCAACGGAUCCGGAAUAUAUGAAGUCAAGGUGACGAUGGGAGACAAUCAGGCACAUAAUGUGGGACUCCUCCAAGUGCCACGCCCAGAGGGCAUAGGUAACACACCCAUAGCCCUCACCAUCAUCGGUAUCCUGACUCUGCUGGCCCUCGUCAUCCUCAUUGUCGUCAUAGGCAUCAAGAGGUACCACAAGUCAAAGAGAGGAGAGAGGUUACCCAUUGAUAACACUCAUGUAGGCUUCAAUCAUAUGGCAGGCACAGAGGAAGUCCAUUUGCAAGGCCAGGGUCUACAUAGGAUCAACACCUACUUGACGAACCCUGGUAUGCCAGCCAAUGAAGCCAUGCCAAUCAUGCAUGCCCCUCUACUAGAGCAGAUUAACAAUGAGCUAGCCGCUGAGAUCAGCCAGGUCUUAAUUCAUGAGGAGAAGAUUGCUGUGGGCAAAGUAUUAGGCCAAGGUCAUUUUGGAUGUGUGUUUGCCGGUAAGCUCCAUCAAGACGGCGAAGAACAUCAGGUUGCCGUCAAGUCCCUCCACCAGGGUACCCUCAACGAGAUCAGUAACUUCCUUCGUGAGGGGAUCAUGAUGAAAGACUUCAAACAUCGCAACGUGCUGUCUCUGAUUGGUGUCUGUAUCAUCAGUGACACCAACAUGCCUUAUGUCGUCCUGCCCUUCAUGAAGAAUGGAGACAUCUUGACGUUUGUGCGGGAUCCAUCCAAUGAGCUUACAGCAAGACAGCUUCUGGAGUUCUGUCGCCAGAUAGCAGAGGGCAUGAUGUACCUAGCGGGUCUCAAGUUCGUCCACCGCGACCUGGCCGCACGUAACUGCAUGCUAGACAAGGACAUGGUGGUCAAGGUAGGGGACUUUGGACUGUCCAGGGACAUCUAUGAGAGGUCAUACUACAGCGCUAAGGACAGGACUGCCAAGCUGCCGGUCAGAUGGAUGGCCUUGGAGUGUCUGGAGAGAAACAUAUAUAAUACCAGGACAGAUGUGUGGUCAUUUGGUGUGGUGAUGUGGGAGUUACUCACCCGAGGAAUAGUGCCAUACCCUUCUGUGGACAAUGUGGACAUCUUAACAUUUCUUCAUGGUGGUCGACGGCUUUCCCAGCCUGAGCAUUGUCCAGACCAUGUGUAUGAGGUGAUGUUGAGUUGUUGGUCAGUGAGUCCCAUCGAUCGUCCAAGCUUCUGUUUGCUGGUUGACAAUCUGGAUGGUAUCCUGAUGGUCAAGUCGGAAGACCCAGCUGACCAGGAGAAAACCGAUGCAUAUGUCAACAUUCCUGGUGCAGCCUCAUAGUCUAGUGAUUCCUCCCAAGCUGCCGGUGAAAAUCUCCAGAUAAUCCAAACAUUGGUAACGUGGUGUAUGCCCACUUAUGAGCAAUUGCCUUAAAAGAACUUUCAAGAUUU